CUCCACGUCUCAAGGUGGCAUAUUUCAGCUUCAAUCACCUUUUGUUUCUGCCAUAUUUUAUUAUUCGAUAGUCUUCAACAGCAAUUGGAGUUUGUCAACAUGGCGUCCAACCAAGAGGUGUCUGUAGCGCCUGCAGGCGACGCCAAGAAGUCAGCCCUACCCACGGAUGACCAACGUCCACCUUCAAUUCAAUAUGUCGAAAACUCCGACCUCGAGCCGACCCCAAAGGUCGCUAUAUCCACAUUUCUAGCUGUUUUCUUCAUGGGUCUGACCUACGUACCCGCCAUCGCGACCGGAUUCAUCAUGCCUACUCAGAUUCUUCAGCAGAUUGGUAUGGCAUUGGGCGACACUGAGCACAUUGCCUGGAUACCUGGCAGUUGGUCCAUUGGUUCAGCUGUCGCGUUCGCUGUUGCUGGCGGUCUAAGUGAUGUAUUUGGUCGCCGAUAUGUACUAUUGAGCGGUCAGACAAUCGUUCUGGUUGGUGGUAUUAUUUGUGCUGUAGCCCAGACUACAUUGCAUGUUGUCGCUGGAACUACCUUAAUCGGCUUUGGCGCCGGUACUAUCAUGGUGUCGUAUCCUGGGAUCAGCGAGCUUCUCCCCAACAAGUAUAGAGGUAUUGGUCUGGCGUGGACCGAGUUUUGCAUCACUAUCCCUUGGGGCUCGUUGGCCGGCCUCAUCGCUACUCACCUAUAUCUCAAGGCGAGCUGGAGAUGGUGUUACUAUAUCACCAUAAUAUACGCUGGCAUCUGUCUUAUCGGAACAUUUGUCUGCUACUUCCCUCCAUCUCGACCGCAGCACGACUUUGAGAGGACACGUUGGCAGCAGGUGAAGGACCUCGACUACAUCGGACUCCUCCUCUUUGCCACCGGCCUUACCGUAUUCCUGAUCGGCGUCACCUUCCUCGGCGCCACUCAUAGAUCCAUGACGCUCGUCGCAACAACUAUCUCAAUUGGUGCCUGUGUCUUCAUCGCAGCGUUUGUCUACGACUUCACCAUUCCGAAGAAGCCACUUUUCCCCAUCAAGAUCUUUCGCAUGUACCGAGAAUUCACCGUGUAUCUUGUGGUCCUCUUCGUGUCUGGCAUGAUCUGGCAGGGAAUCGUCACACUCGGCAACCAGGGUACUUUGUUCAUGUUCACUAACGAUAUUCUGGAAAUCGGUGUCAUCUCAGUCCCUGCCAGUAUGUCCGGCAUUAUUGGAGGUUGGAUUAUGCCCAGUCUUGUUCACAAGCUCAAACACAUCCGGUACCAGUUUGUUUUCGCCCUUCUCAUGCAGACUGUCUUCACAGCAUCGUACGCCGCCGUGGUCCCUAACAACAAGACCGGUUGGACCAUCCUACCUAUGUUCGGCCAGUCCUGCUUCACCUGGGUUACAGUGUUGUCCUACGUCUCUUCUGGUCUGUUGGUUCCUCAGGAGGAGCUGGGAGUCUCGGCCGGAUUGAUGGGAACAUUCCGCAGCGCUGGCGGAUCGCUCGGCAACGCCAUGUUCAGCACGAUUUUGACCUCUAUUGUCAACCGCGACCUCGGUAACAACAUUGCUGGGGCUGCUAUCGGUGCGGGAUACUCUCCCAAAGACUUGCCUGCCUUGAUCCCAGCUGUCAUCCAGAAUGCGGUUGGUGUACCUUUUGCUAUGGCCAAGGUCCCCAACGUAACAGAACCAGUACUCCAAGCCACAGCUGCCGCGUUCAAGAACACAUACGCUAAGGCGUUCAGGACUGUGUUUUAUUCGACAAUUCCAUUGGGUGUAUUAGCCAUCAUCGCGGCCUGUUUUAUCCGUGAUCCAAGUCACUUGCUUAAUAACCAUGUGGCUGUCCAGCAAGAGAAGGAAGUCCUCGGAAAGAAGAAGGAUAUCGAAAUGGAGCCCAAGAUCAUUGAUUAAAUGCAUUAGCAUAUGGGUAGUUCAGAUUGUUACAUCAUCAAGCAAUACAC